CUAGAUACCACUUAUAUGGCGAAAUCGCAUUGGGGGUACCUUAAUUGUUUUACAGCUGGUGACAUCACCGUCUCGACGGACUAAUGACUGUUUUAACACUUUUCUUAGCGUAUGAUCCACGAUGGUGCUUAUUAUAAUGUUACAAUGUUGCCAUAUGUAUUACAGAUUUGCAGAACAGCACUCAACCCACGAAGGAUGACUGAUCGGACAAGCACGAGGAAUGCAACGGGUCUGUAUAAUGUUGUGGAUGAAUAUGAAGUCUCCUUCCCCUUUGAGGAGAACCAGGGCCGGUCUGCCUAUCUGAACCAGAGUGAGCAGAUUUUGGAAGAGGCGGCUUCUGAAAUGCCUCCGCACUACAGCCCGUUCAUGCUGAUCACCAACCUGCGCACCCACCUUUGUGUGUCCCUGGAGAAGAAUUCGUGGCUGCAGAAGCGCAUCGAGGACCUGGAGGAGGAACGCAACUUCCUGCGCUGCCAGCUGGAACGCUUUGUCUCCUCCAUGAGGACGCCGGAGAGCAACCGUAAAGACUGGGGUGUUGGUGGUGGGGAGCACUUUUCUACUGACUUCCCACUGGGCACAGAUGUCAUUUCAGCAUCUAUUCCAGAUGUUUAUCCCGAAUCCCAACACACUAGUCUGAACUACACUACUCUGAAACCUCCACCAGAGAGAGCUCCAAGCCCUCCUCCUUCGCCCAUGACCACCAGGUCUGGAAUGCUACGGAAACACGUCCAGAGCCAACCUCACACAUGUAGCAGCAGAGUACCUGUAAAACAGGAGGUGCGUGUGAUCGAAGAAGAUAAGUACUUUGAGGAAGACGGUUAUAUGGAGGAAGAGGAAGUGGAAGAGGAGGACGAUUCAUCGGACGAGAAGAUGUCCAAGAAAAGGGGAUCCAAGAAUGGUGGGGAGCCAAGAAUGAAAAUGAGACGGGUUUUCCGGAUUACUCGGGGCAAGGAAAGACAAAGAGUGAAAGAUCCUGACGGUGUGCUCCAUCGGUACCAGAAGAUCCUCCUCACCUACCAGCGCCUGAGGAGCAUGUCCAAGGCCUUCCAGGUCCACCGGGUGGACCGCAACACUAUGGCCUCCACAUCCCCCAUCGCCGAGCUGCUGCUGGUAGCCCCAGAGAAGGUGGCCGAGGUGGGCGAGUUUGAGUCUUCCAAGGAGAAGCUCCUGGACUACGCCCGUCGCUGCUACAAGGCCCUGGACGAGCCCAUGCACGCCAAAGUGGCAGCCAUGAAGAAGAACCACCUGCUUCUGCCCAUCUCCUACAGGUUCAGAAACUAAUGGAAGGUCUUUUCCUCCUAUAAGAUUAGACAUGGAGGGAAGGUAGACUGAAAAGUUAUUGACCUUAAUGGGGAGUCGCAUACCUAAGGCUUCGUUAAGAGCCAUUUGGCUCUAGCUUCAGAUUAUUAUAAUUUUUUUUUGUAUUUAUUUUUUUACCUCUUCUCUUGAAGUAUCUUAUUCAUUGUGUUUGAAUCAUCUUCUGAAGGGCUAAUUGCAGGAUUACUGCAUUGGGACACCGAGAGUAGUUUUUCAUUGUUGAGCGAGAGAUAUGUUUGCCCAUCUUUUUUUAUUGCAAGGAAAGAGAUGGAAUUUGUGUAAAAGGUUGUAGUCUGUCACUGUAUUCACUAAAAGCCACACACUGGAUAAUUUUGUGACGUAGCCUAUUACAGCAGUUACAUAGAAAAAUAAUGUUGGCUCCAUCCUGCUGUUCAUGGUAAUUGGAUUACGUUUUUAUAGUCUUUGAUUCAUGGCUAUCUUUCAUUGUCAGGUGGCACAGCAGAAUGAUGAUCUGCGGUGUGAGUUUCUGCAUGAAUGGUAGAAGCACUGGCAUACUGCAGACACUGUAUUCCUUCCUUUGAGAGCCCUGCUAGUUUUUGUAGAUGACUGCCAUUCAGGGAAAUAUUUUCUACAAGUUUGCAGAGUCCAAAUUAAUGGAAAAUGUGAAGAAUUUGAGCAUACAUCAAAUGUUGUUUUGAUGGUAAAGACAGUUAAUGGACAGGCACACCGUUCUGAGCCGUGAGUUUAAAGAAACUCCACCUGUACAUGUUUAUUUGUUUUCAUUGUUGAACCAUUUGUUAAUACCUGAUCCACAGCUACAAUAUUAUUUUGUUAAUUUGUAUUUAUUGACAUUUUCUUUCCACAUUUCGAUAGUAUAUUGAGUUCAGUGAAAGCAGUGUAACCCAUCUGCUGUACAAUAAAAAAAACAUUGUUUGCGCAAAAUGCA